AUGAACGUAUUUCAUAAAGAUUUGAAUCCAAAUAUUAUAUUACCAUUUCCACCAAUAGUCAAUAUAGAUGAUUUCGUUAAACUCAAACCGGAUGGUACUAUACCAACAAAACCAAUUAAUGCUUUUAUGAUCUAUCGUUUAAUUUAUCAAAAAAAACUUCAAACACAAUUUACAAAUGUUUCAAUGAGAGCUGUAUCAAAAAUAAUCUCUGAUUCUUGGAAAAAAGAAUCAGAAGAUAUAAAAGAAGAAUAUCGAAAAAUUCAAAGAGCAGUAGAAGUAAGAUUCAGUGAAAAAUGGCCUAAAUCAAAACAUAUCUUUAAAAUUAACAGAAAUAUUAAACCUAAAUUUGAAAUCGAAAAUGUUGAAAAUCAAGAAAUUAACUAUGAUCAAAAUAUGGAAAUUACUUAUAUUAAUGAAAAUUAUAAUAACGAAUCUGAAAAAAAUUAUAAAGAAAAUUAUGAUAAUACUUUUAAUGAAAAUAAUUAUGUAUAUGAAACAAAUACCUAUGAAAAUUAUGAUAUAUAA